GAGUAAACAACUCAGGAAAAAAAUUUUCGUAAAAAAUUGCCUGUUGUUACACUAGUUUAGUUUUUGAUUUUUUUUUUAAAUUUCCAAUUUUUUGGAAACAAAAUUUUACGGACAUAAAUUCCCAGUUUUUUCGGAAAAUUUUUUUAAGGGGUACUAUAAUCUAAACUACUGGGGAAAUGUUCGGUAAAACGCGUCAGUUGCUAUUCCGGGUCUGCAGCCGGUCGCCCCUGUGUCGCCAAUAUGCUCCGAAAUUCAUAAAGCGAUCCUACGUCUCGCAGGCCAUCAACCAGAUGCUGUUACUCCAGCAGAUGGACAUCUGUGCGGAUCAGCCGUCGCGAGCUUUGGUCAUAGGCGUUUAUGCGGAUGAAGAGGACAAGAACGAUGCCGGUAUCCUGACUCCCGCCGGUUGGCGGUAUAAUCUUCAGAAAACGAAUGGGCGUCUGAUAGAGGUUCUCCGUAUGUCGGGACCUAUGCCCAGGAGAGGUGAGGCCCGUCUGCUGUUCGCCGUAGAGCCGGAACGCAUACCUUACUAUUCUGUGGUGGCCGUCGUUGGUCUGGGCAAGGAGUGUCUAGGUUACAAUCCCUACGAAGUUUUGGAUGAGCAGAAGGAAGCAAUCCGACGGUCAGUGGCCGCUGCCUGUCGUAUUCUUGCAGAACUGGAUACGGACCGAAUUGAAGUGGAGAAUUGUGGACAUGCUGAAUCUGCUGCCGAAGGAGCUGCCCUUGGCAUUUGGUUGUACCAGGAACUGCGCGAUCCCAAAACCCGAAUCUUCGUUCCGGCCAUCGAUUUGUACGCCACCAAGGACGAGAUCUGCGAUAUUGAAGGAUGGCGUAUUGGAUUGCAAAAGGCUGCCGCUCAGAACUUGACGCGCCAGCUGCAAGAGAUGCCCUCCAACUUGCUGACUCCUACUGCCUUUGCCCAGAACGUCGUCGAAGUGCUCUGUAAAUCUGGUGUGAACGUCGAGGUCAAGGUCGAGGGUUGGGCUGAAAGCCAGUCUAUGCACGCCUUUCUAGCCGUUGGAAAAGCCUCUUGCGAACCACCAAUUUUCCUGGAGCUCAGUUACUACGGCACCUGUGCGGAAGAGCGACCCAUCGUACUGGUUGGCCAGGGAAUUACUUACGACGCUGGUGGUCUGUGCUUAAAGAAAAAGCAAGAGCUCUUCCACAUGCGUGGUGAUAUGACUGGAGCUGCUGUGGUGGUGGCCACCUGUCGGGCGGUAGCUGGACUUCGAUUACCAGUCAACAUUCGCGGUUUGAUUCCCUUGUGCGAAAAUGUAGUCGGUUGCAACUCCUUCCGACCAGGUGAUAUGGUGAAAUCCAUGAACGGCAAGACCAUUGAGGUUCAGUGCACAGAUCACGAAGAUGUACUGGUUUUGGCUGAUGCGCUGCUGUAUGCCCAAAACUUUUGCCCCAAGUGCAUCAUUGACAUUGGCACCUGCUCGGGAUAUAUGCGUCAGUCCCUAGAUGAGGCUGCCUGUGGUGUGUUCACAAACUCCGAAAUCUUGUGGCAACAGAUCAAGCACGCCAGUAUGCACACGGGAGAUCGCGUGUGGCGCUUCCCCCUGUGGAACUACUACAGCAAGGCGGUGCGUGCUGGAGGACGAAGUGAUGUCCAGAACUACGGCAUUGGCCGUGGUGGACGUCCCUGCAAGGCUGCCGCCUUCCUCCGAGAAUUCGUGCCAUGCGGUCAAUGGAUGCAUAUUGAUGCCACCAAUGUAAUGGUCACUAACGGAAUUGAUUUUGAGUAUCUGCGUCGUGGAAUGGCUGGCCGACCAACCCGAACCCUCAUCGAAUUCAUUGCCCAAACAAUCUGCAAGGACACCGCUCCCAAGAUGGGAAAAUAAAAAUGCGAGCGGGGGAAUAGUAAUAGACUGAAUAUACAUCGCUAUACCAUGUCCACAUUUUGGUGAAAGUUUGUGGAUGAGUCCCUAAACGAAAUGGUUCCCGGGCCAAAAAAAUGUUUGUUCGUUUUAAGUCAACAUAAAAAUAUUUAUUUCGAAUUGAAUUAAACAUGUUAAUUUACCAGCAAAAA